CGCCUCUAUCUCCCCGACAUGGAAUUAUUCCGUACUUGUUAUUUUUACGUGCGCCACAAGUAAUCCGUUAAUGUUAAAUGUGGUCAUCUGGGUCUUGUAGCUAAAAUACAAUCGGAAAAGCAUCACAACAUCAACAGCACAGAUAUGGCAACUUCAUCAAACUCAUCAAAGAAAACAAUGUCGUCCUCACCCUCAUCUGCAGGCCGUCCACCGCAGGGGGUCAAAUUUGCCCGCCGCACGUCCAGUGGGCGUGUGAUGAGCUUGUCUCGGGACGACGAUUUGGACAUGAGCGGGGAAUUCUCGGGCGAAAAUGACUACAUCAAUUACACCGUGAUGAUGCCUCCUACACCGGACAACCAGCCAAUGGCGGGGUCAUCAGGCGCAGGAACGGCCUCGGAUUCAAAAACUGAUGGUCCUGGGCUAUAUGGGCCAACACGGUUUGGAGCGGAGUCUAGGCGAGGGGGCGACGAUGAUGGUGGGGGUGAUAGUGAAGCUGCAAAGGCGGAUAGGAGAAUGUCAGUGAUGAACUCAUCUAAUAACAAAUCAAUACUGUUGAGAAGCCAAACUGGGGACUUUGAUCAUAAUCGUUGGUUGUUUGAGACCAAAGGAACGUAUGGAAUUGGAAACGCAUAUUGGUCAGAGAAGCAAGAGAACAAGUAUGGACCGGAAGUCGAAAUGAGCAUGCAGGAUUUUAUUGACAAACCAUGGAAGCCACUCACCAGGAAGGUUAAAAUCCCCCCCGCUAUUCUUAGCCCUUACAGGUUACUGGUGGUCAUCCGUUUGGUAGUACUGUUCCUUUUCCUACUAUGGCGAGUCCAGAAUCCAAACCCGGAUGCAAUGUGGCUAUGGGGCAUGUCCAUAGUUUGUGAGAUUUGGUUUGCAUUCUCAUGGCUUUUAGACAUUCUUCCCAAGCAGAACCCCAUAAAUCGUGCCACGGACUUGGCUGCUCUACAUGACAAGUUUGAGCAACCUUCUCCCAGCAACCCUACUGGGCGCUCUGACCUCCCCGGUGUUGAUGUCUUCAUCUCCACUGCCGACGCUGAGAAGGAACCACCUCUUGUCACUGCCAAUACCAUUCUUUCCGUCCUUGCCGCUCAAUAUCCCGUGGAAAAGCUUUCAUGCUAUAUUUCAGAUGAUGGUGGUGCCAUUCUCACAUUUGAGGCCAUGGCCGAGGCUGUUGACUUUGCUGAGGUUUGGGUACCCUUUUGCCGAAAACAUGAAAUUGAGCCUAGGAAUCCAGACAGCUACUUUAACAGCAAAGUUGACCCCACCAAGAACAAGAAGCGGCCUGAUUUUGUCAAGGAUCGCCGUUGGAUCAAGAGAGAAUAUGAUGAAUUUAAAGUUAGGAUCAACGGUCUUCCUGAUGUUAUCCGCAAGCGAAGUGAAAUGUAUAACUCUAGAGAGGACAUGAAUGAAAGGAAGCUUUCCAAGGAGAGAAGUAUUGGUGGAGGAGGAGAUGGCGCAGAGCCAGCGGAUGGUGAGGCAAGCAAUGUCACUAAGGCAACGUGGAUGGCUGACGGGACACAUUGGCCAGGAACAUGGCUCGAACCUUGCGCCGAUCAUAAAAAAGGAGAUCAUGCUGGGAUCUUACAGGUAAUGAGUAAGGUCCCAGAGAUGGAGGCUGUAAUGGGUUUUCCUGAUGAGAAAAAAUUAGACUUCACAGGGGUGGACAUUCGAGUCCCAAUGUUUGCAUAUGUUUCGCGAGAGAAGCGACCUGGAUAUGACCACAACAAGAAGGCAGGAGCCAUGAAUGCCAUGGUCCGAGCGUCAGCAAUAUUGUCUAAUGGUCCCUUCAUACUUAACUUGGAUUGUGACCAUUAUAUCUAUAACUCUCUGGCUUUAAGGGAAGGAAUGUGCUUCAUGAUGGACCGGGGUGGAGACAGGAUUUGCUACAUACAAUUCCCUCAGAGAUUUGAAGGGAUCGAUCCAUCUGACCGUUAUGCAAAUCAUAACACAGUCUUCUUUGAUGGAAAUAUGAGAGCCCUGGAUGGUCUCCAAGGCCCAGUGUAUGUGGGAACUGGGUGCAUGUUCAGGCGUUUUGCACUGUACGGGUUCCACCCGCCAAGGGCAAAUGAGUACUUAGGAAUGUUUGGGACGAUCAAAGCCCCAGCUCCAAAUUACCAUGAGAUUGAGGCGCAGUUAGAGUCUGAUCCAGAUCUACCCGACUCAGAAAAACAACCUCUGGCCACUCACCCUGACUUAGGCCUUCCCAAGAAGUUUGGAAAUUCACAAAUGUUCACUGAUUCCAUAGGCGUUGCUGAGUAUCACGGACGUCCUCUUGCUGAUCACUCCUCUGUCAAGAAUGGCCGCCCUCCCGGCGCUCUGCUAGAACCACGUCCCCCACUCGAUGCCCCAACUGUUGCUGAAGCAGUUGCUGUCAUUUCCUGCUGGUACGAGGACAAGACCGAAUGGGGAGACAGGAUAGGUUGGAUCUAUGGAUCAGUGACAGAGGAUGUGGUGACAGGUUACAGAAUGCACAAUCGUGGUUGGCGAUCAGUGUAUUGCAUCACGAAGCGUGAUGCAUUCCGUGGCACUGCACCUAUCAACCUCACAGACAGAUUGCACCAGGUGCUCCGAUGGGCCACUGGUUCAGUGGAAAUUUUCUACUCCAGGAACAAUGCAUUUCUUGCAUGCCGGCGCCUCAAGUUUCUACAGCGUAUUGCAUACCUCAACGUCGGCAUUUAUCCCUUCACAUCCAUCUUUCUGGUUGUUUACUGUUUCCUCCCUGCACUCUGCCUCUUCACAGGUCAAUUCAUAGUUGCAGGCCUAAGUGUCCCCUUCCUUAUCUACCUCCUUAUCAUCACUAUCUGUCUCUGUCUGCUCUCCCUACUUGAAGUGAGGUGGUCUGGCAUUGGCCUUGAGGAAUGGUGGCGUAAUGAGCAAUUUUGGCUCAUUGGUGGAACAAGCGCUCACCUUGUAGCUGUCAUCCAGGGUCUCCUCAAAGUUGUAGCCGGUGUCGAAAUUCACUUCACCUUAACCUCCAAGUCUACAGCUGAAGACGAAGAAGACAUUUACGCUGACCUCUACGUUGUCAAAUGGACAAGUCUGUUCUUAAUGCCUCUGACAAUCAUAAUCAUCAAUAUUAUUGCAAUGGUCAUCGGAAUCUCAAGGACCUUAUAUGAAGUGAUACCCCAAUGGAAUAAGCUACUCGGAGGACUUUUCUUUAGUUUCUGGGUGUUGGCUCACAUGUACCCAUUUAUGAAAGGCUUGAUGGGAAGGAGAGGAAGGAUACCUACUAUUGUAUAUGUCUGGGCAGGGCUGCUUGCAAUCAUAAUAUCUUUGCUUUGGAUAGUAAUCAAUCCUCCAAAUGGUGUCAACCUCAACAGUCAAGGCAUGCAGAUAUGAUGAUAACAAAAUUAAGGUUAUACAAACUAAUGUCAAGAAUUUUCAGGUUGAAUUCGAAGAAAAAACUUUCGAACUUCAGGUGGCAUCCAUUGCUUGGUGCCAUGACAAAUGUACUAUAAGUCUAUUAUAAGUACAGCUACUAAUGUUAGAUAAUUAUUCCUACAAAUCUCUGUAAAUAAAUUUUCCAAGAUUAAUAUAAGGUACAAAUCUCUGAUGUUUAGACUUGA